AUGGCGCAGCCCACACAGGACUCUUCCCACCUGCGCAAGCAGGACCUCAGCAGCCUCGACGUGACUAAGCUGACGUCGCUGGCGCCCGAGGUGAUCAGCAGGCAGGCGACCAUCAACAUCGGAACCAUCGGUCACGUCGCGCACGGCAAGUCUACCGUCGUGCACGCGCUGUCUGGCGUGCAUACCGUCCGUUUCAAGCACGAGAAGGAGCGUAACAUCACCAUCAAGCUGGGUUACGCCAACGCGAAGAUCUACAAGUGCACCAACCCCGAGUGCCCCGCCCCCGACUGCUACAAGUCGUACGGGAGCAGCAAGGAGGACGAGCCUCCCUGCCCUCGUCCGGGCUGCGGCCACAAGAUGGAGCUCAAGCGCCACGUGUCGUUCGUGGACUGCCCGGGGCACGACAUUCUGAUGGCCACGAUGCUGAACGGAGCGGCGGUGAUGGACGCCGCUCUGCUGCUGGUGGCCGGCAACGAGUCGUGCCCGCAGCCGCAGACUUCCGAGCACCUCGCGGCCGUGGAGAUCAUGAGGCUGAAGAACAUCAUCAUCUUGCAGAACAAGGUGGAGCUCAUCAAGGAGUCGCAGGCCAUCCAGCGCCAGGAGGAGAUCAAGCGCUUCGUGUCCGGCACCGCCGCUGACAACGCGCCGAUCAUCCCCAUCAGCGCCGUGCUGAACUACAACAUCGACGUCAUCUGCGAGUACCUGGUGACGCAGGUGGCGGUGCCUAAGCGCGACUUCGUGCUGCCGCCGCAGAUGAUCGUGAUCCGUUCGUUCGACGUGAACAAGCCCGGUGAGCUGGUGGAGAACCUGCAGGGGGGCGUUGCUGGCGGCAGCAUUUUGCACGGCGUGCUCAAGGUCGGCGACCAGAUCGAGUGCAGGCCCGGCAUCAUCUCCAAGGACUCCAACGGCAACAUUCAGUGCAAGCCGAUCAUCUCGCGCAUCGUGUCGCUGUUCGCUGAGCAGAACGACCUCCAAUUUGCCGUGCCUGGAGGGCUGGUCGGUGUCGGUACCGCCAUGGACCCCACCCUGACCAGGGCCGACCGGCUCGUGGGCCAGGUCAUCGGGCACGUGGGCAAGCUGCCCGACUGCUUCAUCGAGAUUGAGAUGUCGUACUACCUCCUAAGGCGCCUCCUCGGUAUCAAGGCACCGGACGGCGACAGGAGCACCAAGGUGUCCAAGCUGAAGAAGGGCGAGUUCCUCAUGAUCAACAUCGGUUCAACGUCCGUCGGCGGCCGCGUGAGCGGCAUAAAGCCUGACAUGGCGAAGUUCGAGCUCACUGGCCCCGUCUGCACCCGCGUGGGCGACAAGGUCGCGCUCAGCAGGAGGGUCGACAAGCACUGGAGGCUCAUCGGCUGGGGCCAGAUCAACAAGGGCAAGGCGCUGACCUUGCAGAAGUAG